GUCAAACCCCUCCCAAAGCUUGUGUCUGACUACGCGCUAUUCCCAAACGAGACAAGGAUUUUGGGUUCGUCGAGGUAAUACGCAUUAACGAAUUUGGCUGUAAUUAUCUUAAGUAUUCUCAUAAAAGGAAAAUUGGAUCAUCUCCCAGCAUGUUACCAUUCUUUUAACAGAAAAUGCAUUCAAUCAUGUAAGUCACUUUACUCAAAACAUAGGACGGAACAGAGCUAAGAGACAUGCUUUUCUUUCUUUGCAUCUUCGUAUUUCCUCUCACAUCGGCAAUUCAGAAAACAAGGAACUCCAUGUUUGGCCACCACCUCCUUGCAUCUCACUAUGACGAGACAGACGUUGGGGAACUUUGGGAAUGCUACAAACUCUGCUAUGACGACAAAGAAAACUGCGCCAGCAUCAACUACGACAUGAAAAAUGGGAGAUGCAAACGCAUGGAGGCGACACUCGCAAACCUGCCUCAUGGACUCGUGAAACUGGAAAACUCAGUUUACGCGGAUAUAAGAGAUGGUAAAGGUUGUGCUAACAAACCCCACCCCCUGGGGAUGGAAGAUGGCAGCAUUCAAAACACAAGUAUCACGGCUUCGUCACAUUGGAUUGAACCGGGUCACAACCCUCACCACGCGCGUUUAAAUAAUCAGCCAGUGGGUGGACAGCACAUAGGCGCAUGGGCAGCCAAGUAUAAUCAAAAAGGCGAGUACCUAGAGGUGGACCUGGGCCAAGUCACGUGGAUUACCCAUGUAGCAACGCAGGGGCGCCCGAAAGAAACAGGUUCUAUCCAUUGGGUGACCGAGUACAGUGUGGAGUACAGUCUGACGGGAGAUCAGUGGCAGAGUUACCAAGACGGGAAUGGUGUGAUUAAGGUGUUCCCUGGCAACUCAGAUCAGACCACUGUGGUGAAGAACGAGUUCUCCCCUGUCAUCAAGGCGCGUUACGUCAGGAUUGUAGCACAUGCUUGGUAUGGUCAUAUCGCUAUGAGAGCGGAGUUUUACGGAUGUGCAGCUUGACUUAGUUAGGUAUCUUUGCAUUGGACUUUAUAUUUUGAGAGGAAUUAAUUCCCAUUUGAUUAGUGGCCUUUCUUGGUAAAUCUUUUAGAUGUGGCUACUCUUAGAUGCGGGUGAAAUAUGGAAUGUGAUAUUCUCCUUAAAAUGAAAAAGCCCAAUAAAGGCGUUUCGAAGGUAACCCACGUAUAUGACUGUUGCAAAGUAGUUGCUACACGAGUCCAGCUCACCCGCAACACGAUUGUAGAAUUAAAUAGAAACACUGUAUUUACUUGAAAGCUUUUAUUCGAGCUCGAGAUUGUAAAAGUUUACAUGCUAAAAAAGGAUUUCAAAGAAAGAACCCGCUUUAGAAACAGUAUUCGCACUGAUUUUGAUAGAUAGAAAUAAUGGUGAAUUAUUCACGUCAAUGUUAGCGAUCAGUGAAGAACACACAGAAAAAAAACACAACCCUUAGCUUGUACAUGCCACACUAUUAAUGAGUGCGGCCGAUAUUAAUCUUCGCACUUGUACACAUAAUGAAUUAGAGGUUCAAAUAAAAGAAAAUUUAGACAC